UAUAUAACAUCAUUCUUCACCAGUCAGUCUACACUGAGUGAGACUUCAGACUAAAGAAAUGGAUGAUAAAUUGAGCAAUGCAACUCAACAAGGAUAUUUGCAGCAGAACUUAUACCCACCAUUACAAGCAUAUCCUGCCACCAUGGGAGAAAAACAGCCUCCACCGUAUCUUGAACAAGGACAAGGAGCUCAACAAACAGCUCCAACUGUCAUAGUUGUUUCACAGCCACCAGGUGCUACCCAAGUGGUACAGCAUCAGCCCGUUGGUGACUAUUAUUACACACUCUCUAUCUUGAUGACUAUGCUUUGUGUGAUGUGUGGAUUCUGGCCACUAUUAUUCUGCACCAUUGCAGCCCUUAUUUUUUCUGUAUCAGCUCGUGAUUCAGCUGCUCAAGGUGAUCAAAAGGGAGCACAAAACAAGGGAAUUAUUUCGCUAAUUUUGAAUAUUGCAGCUGUUGUGACUUAUUUUGCACUCAUAACAGCAAUAGUAAUUUAUGCUGCAGUAAUAUCGCAGUGAUUAUAACCUCCAGCGCAUGUGUGUGAACUUAUAAAAGGACAGCAAUGUAAUUUAUUUCUUUUUAUUUCAUUAAGCUGAGUGCCAAUGAAAAUUUAAUACAAACUUAGCAUUAACUCU